AGUCCUGAACAGGCCGGAAACUAUACGUCACUAAUCAACGUCUAGACAUGCACUACACAAACUACGGAAAUUGCUUUAAACUGUUCUACCGUAGAUUUCUACAACCACACUGUUUCAACACUCAAAUAUUAAGUGGCCUUUUUAUACCUGCGUCAACGUUUUUUUCACAGGAAAAACAGGGGAACAACGAUUACAUAGUACCCGGAUGAAGAAAUGGCAACGAUUAACGCAUGCAGGCCAAUAAAAAGCCACCUGUGCAUAGAUAUCACUCGGAGUCCCUCUGAGUUUCAAGGAGAUUAGCCAUGUGAGCAAACAGCAGUCAAACGUUAUUAUCAUCUGGGAUGUUGAUUCCUGGUCUGCCGCUUAUUGCUUGGUCUAAAACAAUGACACAAGGAUAGUUGACUGCAAACAUAAACUAUGGCUUCUGAGUCACACAACCGUGACGACUGGUUUCACAAAUCAGAUUUGGAAGAAUACUGUGGUGACACUAAUAUCGACAUUCUAGACCAACGGUGCCUUGAAUAUGGACUGGAUCUUGACGAGAAGUUUUCAACACCUCUAAAUGGUAUAGACGAACAUAAGAUAAUUUACUCAUUUUCGUCCAGUGAAAAAACAGCUGAUCCAAACAUGAUUGAACGAUGUAACUCGGAGCCAGAGAGAUAUAAAAGAUGUACACUCGAUAUUGUUAGUGUUCAGGAGGCUGUGUGCACCCCACUAGACGAAGAUCACUAUCCUGCGGAGAAGAUUUAUAUUUCUGGGAGAUCGAAAUGUGGCCAGGCCUUCAAUGAGGAUAUUGUAGUUGUCGAAAUUAUACAAAACCGUUAUGGGAACUCACAAUCCGGUUGGCCAAACCGAGUUGAGGGGAGGGUUAUAGCGGUUGUAGAAAGGACAAGAUAUAAAGACAUCGAACAUCCUGUAUUUGUUUGCAAUGCAGCUGAUAUGGAUAGGAGGAUAAUGUUUCCGUUGUGCAAAACAGUUCCAAAGAUAAAUAUCUCAAACAGGCGUGUUAUUAAAGAAAGGAAACAAGAAGAAAAGUAUUUGAUAGAAACAUACAGAUAUAACGAGCUCGAAGGCUACUUAAUGUUCGACAAAUUUUUCAAAAUCAAACCUGAAAAAAUCGAAAGUCUGAUUUUUCUCGUCGCCUUUCUUAGAUGGGAUGUCGUCUAUCAAUACCCUCUUGGCGCAGUCAUCGGAGUUGUCGAGGUUAAUAGUUCCGAUAAUUUACGCAUCACAGAGUUUCAGCACCGGAUUCCUUUACGCUAUACACGGGAAACUAUCCUGGCAGUAAAAGAUGUAAUCGAAGAAGAGAGCAGAAAGCAAGAAUCUUCUGAUGUUGACGACACAUUAGUGUUUACCAUCGAUAGUAAGAAUACGAGAGUAAGGGACGAUGGUUUUAGUAUUGAAGAUAUACCAAAUGCUGCAGAUACAGAAACCGUAACUGCAUACAGAGUUGGUGUGCAUUUAGCAGACGUUUGUAGACUUGUGCAAAAAGAUGACCCAGUUGAUCGGGAGGCAAUGGAAAGAUGUCGGACAAACUACGCUGGUAUGGGAGCGAAUCCUUGCCAUAUGCUGCCGGAGCCUUUGAGUACUGAUAAGUUGAGUCUGAUACAAGGUACAGCUCGACAUGUAUUCUCUCUGUAUUUUGAAAUUAACAAAGAUGGAGAAGUUCUGAAAUACCCUGAACCACAGAAUAUAGAAAGACGUGUGAUAAAGCCAAGAACGAACCUUUGUUAUGAAGAAGUACAGAACGUGUUGUUAGGAGACGAAGAAAUAGAUGUUCCGGGUUUGUCAACAAAGUUAAAAAUAAUGUUUGACCUAGCAACAAAGCUAAGAAAUAAUCGGCUGAAAAAAGCCCAUUUUGCCUUUCCUGGAAAUGCUUUACUUGGAUUAGAGGAAGACAAGGAUAUUGCCAUUCACGAAGCUCAUUAUCUUGUUGAGGAAUUCAUGAUUCUGACAAAUGUUGCGGUUGCAAAGAUUUUAGAAGCUGUUUAUCCCAACAACAUUCCACUACUCACCCAUACUUACCCCGACGCUCAACAGACAAGUUCUUGGUUGGGAGAACACAACGGGAUUGCAGAUAUCAUCAUGGAUCUCCAAGAUCGUGACUUGCCGGUCACGGAUGAACCACAUAUUAUUGGACUUGAAAACGGUAUCAAAAACGAAAAGAUAACAAUUGACCGACGAAUUUGGAAUGAACUGCUUGAUGCUUAUGCAGCGAAAGAUCACAGGAGACUGAAAAGACUUCUUAGAACGGAUGAUCACCAUCCAAUGCAAAGUGUCGCAUUACAGAAGUGGAGAGUAUUCCAACGUAAGGCAAAGUAUUCUCGAUCGCUAAAUGGCACGGAUAAACUCCAUUUUGGUUUGAGAGUAGACCUUUAUACACAUGCUACAUCUCCUAUAAGAAGAUAUACAGAUCUGGUGAUUCAAAGGCUACUCCUUGCGUCAAUCGAAAAUGAAACGUAUCCCCCAUACACUGCACCUGAAAUAGAUGACAUAUGUGAUCGAUCAAACAAAGGAAAACACAGAGAAGAAAGAUUUUACGAGCAGUACCGAACGCACGUGCAAGCUGCUCAUCUGAAGAAUUCGAACGCAGUCAAAGUGUCCGCUAUCGUUGUAGGAUUGCCAGAUCAAACGACAGUUGAGCUCAUAAUCCUAGGAUACAAUCUUACAGAAGAACCAUUUCAUUUACGAUUUAACCUGCUAGGAUUGUGCUCCCAGCCGGAACUACAGCGACGUGACGGAAAGAUCAGAAAAGUGUUUGCAAAAUGGAAGAAACCUAUCUACGAUAGAUGUCGUAUAGCUUUCCACUCGAGAAAGGAAAUCCAGAGAAACUGUUUUACUAUUGACCCGAAUGGUAACUCUGUCUUCGUGUCGUACGCCGAAUGGGUUUCUUUGUUACGAGCUUCCAUUGAGGAUACAUCGACCGACUCGGAACAAUUGCGUAUGGCAUUUCGUCAGACCAAACCACUACCUGAAAGCAUCCGAGGCGAUGCAGACGACCAUAGGUUUUACGCCCCUGACGUAUGCUCUGAGGUGAAAAAACAUGAAUACAUACUUAAACAUCUUUGUUCUUUUCAAAGGAUUUUUGAAGUCGGACAAACGCUAACAGUUCAGAUAAGAGGUCAGUCAAUGGAUGGUUGUUUUGUACCCACAAUUCAACUGGUAUAUGUUACAGAAACCAUUGCGUUUUGCCUCCAACACGUGGCAGAUCCCAUUCCUUCUCUUUCGAAAUACACCACAACACCAACAAAGAAAAACUACAAAGAUGAGGGAGACUAUCUCAGAAUUUGGACUCCAAUACUGGAAAUGGAAGAGGUCACAAACAUCAUUCGCGAUGAAGAUUCUCCUCUUGUGAAAAACGUCCCAGUGACAUUUAACACCAAAUUGACUGGGACAUUCACUCUGAAUGCCAGAUUCUGUAAAGAACGGAGUAUUAAUUUGGGUUUCAAGAAAAUUUCUAAGGAGGACAAUAUCGCUGAUGAAGAUGAUGAAGAAGACGAUGAUGAUGAACAUGAUGUUCAAUUUCAUCCGGUCGUAUGCUGUGACUUCCUUUGCAUUCGUCUGUCAUGCAACGGCAAAGAUGACAAUAGAAUCAGUAAACGUGAUGGGACAACAAGAACUGAGUGUAGCAAAGACAGUAAGCAAACGUAUGUUUGGGUAGGCCAUGCCAGGACAACAAAGACAAGACGACUAGGGGCAAAAAACCGUGCUAGGUAUGAAAUAGGAUUCAGUCUUCACAACUGUCCAGACAUACCCGCUAUAGGAAAGUACCUGUGUACUUUGGAACUGCUCAUGAAGUCCAGUGUUCACAGGCGUGCAGAAGAAACUAUUAAAAGUCUCUGGGAUGCGACACAGUUAGCAAAAGCAAUUGCUCUGGGAAGGAAAAUUCCAGAAUUAGAGCGUUACCAUUUACAUGACGUAGAGAGUCUACCGCGGGAUAUCAAUGAGCCAAAUGUUGAUAUUCCAAAGAAUAAUGCGAUGCAGCAAGAAGCGAUUGAUGCAGCCCUCAGGUUGUCGUUCAGCUUAAUACAGGGACCACCCGGCACAGGGAAGACGUUUACAGGUAUCAAACUGAUAUACCUCUUUCACCAGCUCAACAAAAUGGCUGAGGGAGUCGGACGAGAGAGAAGACAAAUACUUUUCUGUGGACCGUCCAACAAAUCUGUGGAUCUCGUCGCUAGAUGGAUGAAGGAAAGGUUCAUGAACUGUCCUAAGGCGCCCCGGUUGGUGCGGUUUUACAGUCAGACUUAUGAAUGUGUGGAUUUCCCUGUCCCCGGUCGAAUAGAAUCCGCACGACGGUCUCUGAGAAAUGCUAAACCGGAUCCUUACCUGACGAGGAACGAUGUUGUCGUUCACCAUUUAAUACGGGGAGAAGGCAAAACAUAUGCUGAUGAAAUAAAUCAGUUUGACGAAAAGUUCCAGGGUCGAAAAUACGACGUGACUUUUGAUGAUGUGCAGUCGUAUUUCAAGAUAGUGAGCGAAGCAACACAAGAAGUUUUGCAAAGUUGUGACGUCAUUUUUUGCACAACUGCCAUGGCUGCCAACCCGAAGCUGUUAAAAGCAACCAAGGGCAAAAUAUAUCAGUGUAUCAUAGACGAAAGUGGAAUGUGUACCGAGCCUGAGACGAUGGUACCAAUAAUAGCUACCAGAGCGACGCAGGUCGUGCUGAUAGGAGACCACAAGCAGCUUCAACCAAUUUUACAGUCAAGGGCUGCAAAGGAACUUGGACUUGUCAACUCUUUAUUUGAGAAGUAUGCCGGUCGUACAACAAAACACCUAACGAUGCUGAAGCAACAGUACCGCAUGAAUCCAUGGAUUUGUUCCUUCCCAUCUAAAGAAUUUUACGAAGACAAGCUAACGACAGACCAAACGUACACGGCUGGUUGGCUAGUGAAUCGUCCAUUGAAAAUCUGGAAGAACAAUAGUCCAAAGAACCAUAUUCCGAUCGCUUUCGUACAUGUUGAAGGGAAAGAGGUCGCGUUAGAAGUUUCAACAGAAGAAGGAAACGAAAAAUCAAAGAGCAACCAAGAUGAAGCUAAACAAACCGUGAAGAUCUUUGAACAUCUCGUAAAAAGUGAAAAACUGAACGUGGCAGAUAUACGUAUUUUGUCACAAUACAACGCCCAGAGACAGCUCAUACACAGGAAGAUAACUGAAAUAAAAACCAAGAGACAGGUCAUACACGGGAAGAUAACUGAAGAGGAAAUAGCAUACCCUGACGUCAGGGUGGACACCGUUGUGGCCAGUCAAGGAGGAGAGAGCGACUACGUUAUCCUCAGUACCGUUCGUUCCAUGCCUAGGCCACUGAUUGAGCAUCGUCCCGCUCUAGGAUGGAAGCUACGGCAUCUGGGAUUUAUCACAGACAACCACCAAAUCAACGUUGCUCUAACGAGAGCUAAGAAAGGACUAUUCAUUAUCGGGAACAAACAUUUGCUUCGAUGUGAUAAGACUUGGGAAAGUCUACUGAAUUUCUACGAGGACAACGGGAGAGUUUUUAACCAAUUUCCACUGUACUGAACUGUGUAAUCCUGGAAACGUAGUAUAAGUGACUCAAAACUGUUUAUAUUGAAUAGUUUCUUGUCAAAUGCUGCGUCUGAUAAGUCAGGGAACAUUAUGAUGAAGCAGCCUCCAUUUCCUCCAACCAAAACAAGUAUAGUUUCAACUUUGAGAAGACACAUGUAUUUUAUUUGGAAGAGGACUACGUAUAUUAUCUCUCGUUAGAUCAUAAUUCUUUGGUACUUAAAUAACAUAAAACAUGUUCAAAUAUUUCAAGUUUUUUACUUUAGAAAAUCAUUAGUUUCUAGAGAUAGUUUGUAGUAAUCAAAGUGUGAUAAAUCACAGUAUUAUAUAUAUGCUUUCAUCCUGUCUUUAUCAUUCAUCAUAUAAGAUUAAUAUUCAAUACCUAUCUGGUGGUAUAUCCCCUUUGUUGUUUAGGGCCAGCCCCUCCCGGACAUACAGGUUUUUUGUUGAACCAUGCGCCUUGUCAGAGGGUGUGAAUCCUACUCGAGCACACGAUAGGGUCGUCAUGCUAAUUGUAAAAGUAGACUUUUUUUCGCUUGUGGGGAAAGGUUCGUGGUAUGACUGAUUGCGUUGUGGAAACUAGUUGUGAAUUCUAUAUAUUCUGUAUAACUAUAAUCUUUGUAAUCUAUAAAUAGAUAUUCGCGGAAAUGUUGGUGUUGAUUUAAUGUUAGUGUCUGUUGGUAUAUCGCCUUAUUUUGUCAGUAGUUGUUAACCUUACUGUACACAGUAUUUGUCAUACCUGUGUAUUGUUAAAUAUGUUAAGUGCAUUUUCGUUAGAUUUAGAGUGAAUCACUGUUCGUGAGAUUAUUAUAAUUUAUUAACAUGACACGUGUGUCGACCAUGAACUUAAUAUCUUAUGAUUUGUGACACGUAUUAAACAAGGACUGUGACAUACUUUUUGUUUCUUUAUUAAUAUAAAAUCCACGCAAAUAAAAACAAUCGCGAAUAUAAAUACUCAAAAAGGAUAUGGAAACAUAGGAAUGAUAAACGCCUAAAAGUUCACGGUGUUCAAUGCCGAGGGAAAUUUAACAGCGUAUUCCACGUAUCUAAUAGGACGCAUUGUCCGUUGUUGGUGGUAAAAGAGACAAACAUGACUGGUUUGCUCAUAGUUUCAUAUUUUUGUCAAUCAAACAAGAAUACUGAAUGCAAUUUAUAUUUUACUCUAUAUCGUGCAUUGAAAACAAUUGUUGUAUGGAUAUAUAUAAUAAAUUAUUUGUUAAUAGCUUAUGUCUGCAAAAGAUGUGAAGGAUUUGUAUAUUUAUGUACAAUAUCGAAUAUGUUUUUAUAUAUAACAUUUAUGAUAUAUUGAAUGAAC